AUGGCAGAAGUCGCACCAGCACCCGCAGCCGCAGCGCCGGCCAAGGCACCCAAGAAGAAGGCAGCAGCCAAGCCCAAGAAAGCGGGACCCAGCGUAGGAGAGCUCAUCGUCAAGGCUGUGACCGCCUCCAAGGAGAGGAGCGGCGUGUCCCUGGCCGCGCUCAAGAAGACGCUGGCGGCAGGCGGCUACGACGUGGAGAAGAACAACUCCCGCGUCAAGAUCGCAGUCAAGAGCCUCGUCACCAAGGGCACCCUGGUCCAGACCAAGGGCACCGGUGCAUCCGGCUCCUUCAAGCUCAACAAGAAAGCCGUUGAGGCGAAGAAGCCCGCCAAGAAAGCCGCAGUCCCCAAAGUAAAGAAGGUGGCCGCCAAGAAGCCCGCCGCGGCGAAGAAGCCCAAGAAGGUAGCAGCCAAGAACGCCGUCGCCGCAAAGAAGUCCCCCAAGAAGGCCAAGAAGCCCGCUACACCCAAAAAGGCGGCCAAGAGCCCCAAGAAGGUGAAGAAGCCCGCCGCAGCGGCCAAGAAGGCGGCCAAGAGCCCCAAGAAGGCUACAAAGGCAGCCAAGCCCAAAGCCGCCAAGCCCAAGGCAGCCAAGGCCAAGAAGGCAGCCCCCAAGAAGAAGUAA